AUCUUAGCUUGAUCCAAAGCCUCCUCACGCACGGCCCUUGCGGUGACUGGGGCUUGCGUCAACAGCUGACGGCGCAGAGGGGCGCCGUGACGGCGGUCCGCUCAUCAGCCGUCAUGGUUCAGGAUUGACGAGCGGCUAAGAAGUGACCGAAGAGGAGGAUACAAAUGACCGCUCACGCGACGAAAGCGACGCCACCGACAAGGCAGCCGCCUUCUCGAGAUAUCGUGUCCUCCCUACAAAAGCGCUCUCCUCCUCCCCCCUGCACGAUCAUUCCAAAAACCUACCAUGCUAUAUUCUCUAAACGCCCGAUACCUCACUCUCUGCGCCCUUGCCACCGCAGCGAGCGCGUACACGAUAACCUUCGACAACACCUGCAGGCACGUCGGUGUCUCUACAACGCUCGUCGUUGCUGGCUUUGGUGGCAAGCCGUUGCCACCUGGCCCCACCAAACUUGGAGCGCCGGCUACCAUCGAGUUCAAGAGUCCCUGGGGUGCCGACCUGUCCCUCGACAGCAGUACGCUGAACACCAACCUCAAUCCUCCGCCAAUCUCCCCCUUCUACUUUCGGGGAAGCCUCGCAAUCGAAAACGAACCGACGACUAUAGCGCUCGAGUGCAACAAGAAGCACAGGGGAGACUGCCAUAAUCGCAUUGGGAUCGACAAUGGAAAUAGGCAAUCUCGUUUGG